CGUGUUUCAGCGCUUACAAUGCCCUAGCUUAUGUUCUAGGGUUUCUAGGUUGGCGGCCGUUCCUUCACUAUUUAGUCGUGAGCUGCGUCGUAGUUUUAUCUGGUUGAUGAUGUGUAGAGGUCUCAGGGGAGUGUGUGUUAUGGUCUAAGUCAGUAUUCAUGUCGUUGCAAGUUGUGCCAACCCAAGAUGCAGCCUGUGCACAGUGAAGAUUAUCUGUCAAACUUUUUGAAUCUGGUGCACGACUUGCUGUUGUUAUUUUCGACUGCCAUGUUUGUGCGUGUUCCACUCUUCCGAGGAUUUCUGGGUGUGUGUAGUCCAGUUCUGCGAUGAAUUCUCUUAGUUUGCUACACUAACUUCGGGGACUUAGUUUGUUAUAUUAAUCCUUUUCUGAGCUUAAUCUGUCAGUGAUAGAUGUCCAGGGCAAGUGUAAAUGAUGCGAAACCAAGAUCCAGCUCCUAUGUCUACUGAGGAUUAUCUAAACGAGCUUUUUAAAUCUGAUGCACUUUGCCCUCCCUCAGCUUUUUCAUUUUGUGUCUGAGUAGCCUAGGUUUUUUCUAUCAAAUUGCAAUCUCUACUGUACAAAUGAAAUUGAGCUUUGAUGUGAUCACUGUGGGCAAUGUAAAAUCCUAACCAAGUAUAUUACCAAACUUUAAUAUCACAUUUCUUUUUUCGGAGAUCCAUGUCGGCAUAUUCCGACAUGUCUUUCUAUUGUUGAGCCUCAUCCCAAGCCCACGGGUUAAGAUUGAAUUACAACUAAUUACUCACUCGAACAAAUUGUAUCCCAAGGCGGACACUAAAAUCCCGACACUAUACCUCCAGAAUAUUAUUUCAGUUUCUCUAUAAUGGAACACACUAGAAACCGCUUCUGGACGACGAACGAUGCGGUCGAUGGAUAGAGAGAAAGCCACUCUGAAGCCCUACUAGCCACGAACAUCACGGGAUUAGGGCCUGGAUGUCGACCAGUCAUCGCUCAGCUGAGCGCGUAAACAUACAAGCCCUAUGGACAGUGAAAAUGAAGGAAUCAAACUCAUGAUCGCGUGGUAGUGGAGCUUAACUUCAAUGCUACCCUUAAUGGACGCACACUUGACGGUCGCUAUGUAGCACUAUGGAUAAGGCGUAUUGAUGGAUAAUGGGAGUGUAAGAUUGCGAAGGGGUCUCCUGAUGCUGCACCGAACCUCAAGUGACCUUUAUGGCGUACUGUCCUUGUCUAUGAUUCUCUGGAAUAGAUGUUGCUAUGGCAGACCCGCUUCAGAUGUGUGGUCAACGUUGAACGCGCUCUAAGAAGUUGAUAGUGAACUGAAAGCUAUGGCGGUUGAGACUCGUAUACCUGAAACAACUGCAUCUAGAAAUACAUUGAAGGCAUCUAAGCAAAUGGCUUGUGGUUCGCAAAGUGGAGCUCUGAAGCGGCAAGUCGCUGCGUCUGUGCCUAACAGCACCAAAGCACUUACUACGAAAUUGCCAGCAACAAAACCUUCUGAAUCUGUCGUUGAAAAAAACGGUCCUCCUUGCGGAAAAACAGCAUUGAAUCGCAAGGCGACUCUUCGAAUAAAGGAUGUCCCAUGCAUCGACGUGCAGGUUCCUCGCUCCACUAGCUUCUCUGAGGCUGUUCGUACCGAUUCUGAAGCUUCAAACAAAUCAUUGGGAAGUAUUGAACAGAACGAGAGCAAACACGUUUCGGACUUGGAAGAGCCAUCUCUACCGGAAAUUGAAAUGCAAUACAAGGACUUGGACGUGAUUGAUUCGAGUUUACAGGCUGUGAGUUGGUUUCCUGUCGGUGAUGUUGAGUUAGACGAGUUUUGGGAACUGAAAGCGGACCAUAAUCCUAAAUCUGGGUUGACGAUUCAGAGUUUAACUUCCGGUGAUCCAAUCCCCUUGAUCGUCAACGAGAUCAAUGGUUCUAGUAGCGAAUUGGAAGGUGCGGUUUGCAGAGAAUUCUUAGUUAAUCAACGACAUCACAAAGAGAAGCAGCUGGAAAGAGGAAUAUGUGUUGUGGAACAAGAAAUAAGUCUCAAGGAACCAGAUGUGAUUAAAGGUCUGGAAAUGAAGAACGGCUUACACGAGUAUGAUGAAAGUGCUCAGGCCUCUUCCAAUGUUACUUCAGAAGGUAUAACUGAUAGAACCAAACAAGACUUCCAACUGACAAAGCCCUCUGGUAAGCUGGUUUGCCACGAAGGAUACGUUUUUGAUGUUUUCAGAGGCUGGCGGACAAAAAAUGUAGUGAUACCAAGCGUCCUCGUUAUGAUUACGGUCUGGUUUUGUGUCGAAAAUACGAGCGGUGAUGUACUUGGGAUACUUCCUCCUACCUAAAUCACUUCUGGAGAGUGGAAGGAGCCUAGGGGGUCUCAAUAAAUUUUAAAGGAUCACCAUGGGGGAAACUGAGCAACUUUUCAUCAAGUCAUUGAACAAAUAACAUGCAGCCUAUAUACUUGUCUGUUCUAAGCGUUUGGUUCUUACCUUCGGCGCUGUUUACAAGUUUACUAGCACAGAUUUUCCGCAAUUCCAAGUGGUAGAACUGCGCAGACUUAAUUUAGAAUCCCCUUCUUUGGACAGUAGAAAUCUCGUUUCAGCAUGGAAUUCACAGUCUAUGCCUGAACUCUAACUGAAUGAUUGUACAGAUGAAAACACAGCGCUCGGCAACCUAGUUUACGAUCUUUGGAACAGAUUCACCUUCUGUGCAAGUUCGCAAAUUAGUGAUUGCAUGAGAAGUUAUUUACCACUAAUCCAUAGUUUCCUGCCUCAUGCGCCAAUAAUAAUAAUAAUAAUAAUAAAAAAAUAAUAAAAAAAAAAAA